UGGCAUCGUCGGUUGGAGAGAGUCCACGUUUGAAUCACUGGCGUGUUGGUGAUUUGAGUGUGAAGUAUUGGUGCUAGAGUUUAUUGGAAUUCCAUCGUGGUACCAAUAUAUAUUGAUAUUGUAGUUCAAUAAAAUAUAAGAUCGGCAUGUCUCCCGUCGGUAAAAUGCUAAUCAGCGGGACAGGAGAGCCCGCAGGCCCGAACCGACUGCGCUGGAAUCUGAGCAAACAGCAAAUCGAGGAGGAGGCCCAGGCCAUAAUGUGCAGGACGAAGCAGGUGUACGAUCGCGUCGGCUCGCUCGACCUGGCCGAGGUGACCUACGAGAAUACGCUGAAGGAACUGGCCGACAUUGAGGUGGAAUACACAGUUCAGAGGAAUAUUCUUGACUUCCCACAACAUGUUUCUCCUUGCAAAGAAGUUCGGGCUGCAAGCACUGAGGCAGAUAAACGGUUAUCUGAAUUUGAUGUGGAGAUGAGCAUGAGAGAAGACGUUUACCAGAGAAUUGUUGCUCUUCAGGAUAAAUGUCAAGCUGAAGAUCUACGGCCAGAAGCUAAGCGCUACAUGGAAAGACUGUUGAAAUUAGGAAAAAGAAAUGGACUCCAUUUGUGUAAAGAGAAGCAAGAGGAGAUCAAAGCUAUCAAGAAGAAAAUCAGUACUUUAUGCAUAGACUUCUGCAAGAACCUGAAUGAGAAUACCACGUGCCUGGAGUUUACACAGGAUGAACUCGGUGGUCUCCCUGAUGACUUUAUCAGUGGUUUGGAGAAAACAGAAACUGGGAAGCUAAAGGUGACACUAAAAUAUCCACAUUAUUUUCCCUUAAUGAAGAAGUGUUAUGUCCCAGAAACCAGGAAGAAGAUGGAGCAAGCCUUCAACUCCCGUUGUAUGAAGGACAACACAGAUAUCCUUAAGGAAGUGGUGGCACUUCGUAAAAAGAAAUCGGCCCUCCUGAACUUCAAGACCCACUCAGAUUUUGUGCUAGAAAUGAACAUGGCUAAGAACAGCAAGAAUGUCACUGUCUUUCUUGAUGAACUAGCAAGGAAACUAAAACCACUUGCUGACGAGGAAAGGGCAGUUAUCUUGGACCUGAAGAAGGAAGAAUGUGCAAAGCGACAACUGGAUUUUGAUGAUAUUAUAAAUGCCUGGGAUCUACGGUACUACAUGAACCAGGUGGAGGAGGUGAAGUAUUGUGUGGACCAGAACCUGCUGAAGGAGUAUUUUCCCAUGGAAGUGGUAACAACUGGCCUGAUGAGUAUCUAUCAGGAACUGCUAGGAUUGACCUUCGAGCUUGUUGAGAAUGAACCUGUAUGGCACGAGGAUGUAAAGUUGUACUCUGUGAAAGACAAGGCAUCUGGAGAGCUGUUGGGACAAUUCUACUUAGAUUUGUACCCAAGGGAAGGGAAAUAUGGACAUGCUGCCUGUUUUGGACUUCAGCCAGGCUGCUUAUUACCAGAUAAUACAAGGCAAAUCACAGUAGCUGCUAUGGUCGCAAACUUCACUAAGCCAACUCCCAGUGCUCCAUCUUUACUUCAGCACGAUGAGGUUGAAACCUACUUCCAUGAGUUUGGUCAUGUGAUGCAUCAAAUCUGCUCCCAGGCUGAAUUUGCCAUGUUCAGUGGAACACAUGUUGAGCGAGAUUUUGUGGAGGCUCCCUCUCAGAUGUUGGAGAACUGGGUUUGGGAAAAGGAGCCCUUACUCCGGAUGUCUAGGCACUACAAGGAUGGGAGUAUGAUCCCACAAGUUCUUCUGGACAAGCUCAUUAAAUCCAGACUAGCUAACGCUGGCCUCUUCAACUUAAGACAAAUAAUUUUGGCAAAAGUUGAUCAGUCACUGCACAUGAGCUCGAAUACAGAAAUUGAUGCCAAGGAAGAGUAUGCCAGAUUAUGUAAGGAGAUACUGUGUGUUCCAGCAUCACCAGAAACUAAUAUGCCAGCCACAUUUGGACACCUAGUCGGGGGUUACGAUGCCCAGUAUUAUGGUUAUCUCUGGAGUGAGGUUUACUCAAUGGACAUGUUCUACACCCGAUUUCGACAGGAAGGCAUCAUGAGCUCAAAGGUCGGAAUAGAUUAUCGCAAUUGUAUUCUUAAACCAGGUGGUUCAAUGGAUGCUGAGGACAUGCUGAAAUGUUUUUUGGGCCGUGAGCCUAAACAAGAAGCCUUUCUUCUGAGCAAAGGGCUGAGAGUAGAUAUCGAGAAGCAGUCUGCACCUUCAGCCUGUUGAGAUUGUUUCACUGUACAUCAUGUACACCUUCCACUAUGGCACAGUAGAUGAACUGCUCUCCAGAUGGAUUUUUUUUCAUAUAUGUGUUGUUCAACUGCAGCCUGCUAAUAGGUUAACCAGAACUUGCCGAGUUCUAGCAGAACCCUUCUAAUGAAACAAGGUACACUAAAACUUGUGUGGGGAAAAAUUCAAUUGUAAUCGCUCCAUAGAGAAAGGAGAACCAAACAUGAGCCCUUUUCUCAUAAAUGAACUUUUUACCGCAGUCUCUCCUUGUUUACCUAGAAAGAGUAAAAUUGUCUGAAGCUGUUGCUCUGGAUCAGUGGCACUAGUUCAAUUAUGUGAGGGUAUCGUCCAAAAAGUUAGACUAGUCUUAGAUUGAUUGAGCUGCAGAGUAAUAGGAUAGUUUGCCAUUUUUCACUACCUAACACAUGAUGUGUACCCAGUUCAAAACUUCAAAAAUCAAUUGCCACCUUCUAGAGAAGAUGAUAAUUUUCAUCUUUCAAAAAGAAAAUAAAUCAAUUAUGUGAUUCGAUCAGAGUAUAAAUCUUACUACAAUAGAGAGGAAAUGUUCAUGGCAAUGUGCUUAUUUUUUCGUAUUUUUCUUUCCACAAAAUGUAUCUGGUGAUUGCCUACAGUAGUUGGCACAAAGAUUCAGGAAAUUUUUCAAUUUGGGCUCAGUUGAGGUCAACCAAUGUGACUAUAUUGGGUUUUCUCAUUUGAUUUAAGGAAAGAUGUAGUGAUGUGGGGGCACCCUUGCUCUCCAAAGUUGUCCAACAACCUUAUUUGAAGAUUUGUUCCAUGAGUGAUGAGCGAAGUACAUCUGCCAUAUGUGGAAUUUUACCUAAGGAUAACAAAAGUAGAACAUUAAAGAAUGAAUAUAAUAUUGUUUUAUGGUGCAUUAGAUUACUUUUCACUUUUGUCCCAGUGCAUCUGAUGCUGGGAUACUUAAGUAUCUAAACUUUUAGUGUGAAAUAUAGUAUUACUAGAGUAUGGAUAUGCCUUUUUUUUUGUGUGGGAAAGAAUAACAUUUCAAAAGCUCAUUAUGAAAAGGUCCUUGAUUAGAAACAUGGCAUCUGGACAGUGCCCCCUUCCUGUGUUCGCUGAGGUAAAAGCUAUCGAUGUUGAAUAGGAAUGUCUCUCUGAAAGCCUUGUACUCUUCCUACUUGUUCUUGUGGCUCUACAGGCUCUGUGCCAUGGCUCCCAGGUCUCCAUGCAGUUCUUUCUCUGUCUUAAUGUGGGUAGUUUGCAGAGCACAGCACACACCAUGAUGAAAUCUCCACACCUCUUUUCCUAAAACAAGUCUCAUUCUUUCUUUCCAGCAGAGCAGGGUUAUAUAAUGAUAGAAGGGUAUUUUCUGUCAGUUUGUUCUUGUACUGAAUACUGCUUGGAUUCUGGACAUUUAACCUGCAAUAUUUUCUUACUGGUUAUUAAGUACAUCACUGUCAAACCAAGAUCUAAUGAGAUCUUCCAGUUAGUGUACUGCAGCUUAAGCCCUUGAGCUGCUGGGGCUUCUAGUACAAAGGAGUAUGAAUAAUCAUUUGGCAGAACUGAGCACCAGUACUGUGAAAAUUCAUAAAAAGGGUUUCUUGUGUAAGGUGGAGAUAAAGCAGGAAUUUAUUUUCUUCAAUAAAUUGACGUUACUUUUAGCAAUGAAAGUCUGUCAAUGUCAAACAGAUUACUGCCUAAUAUUUGACAAAAAUAUAACACGACAAAAUUGCCCCUUGUUUUGAAAGUGGCACAGCCUUCAGUUUCAACAUUUGUAAUUGCAAGCACUGUCUUGGACCAUGAUGGCUAAUGUUUGGUGGAGGAAUUAAGAUCUGAUACUAUGAUUUUCUGUACUUUCAAUAGUAUCUGGGGUCAAAGGUUGAUUACUGCAUGUCAAGGUUGCUCUUGAGUGACUUUACCACUCAUUCUGCCCAAAUCUUUAUCUCAAAAGACCAUAUCUUUUAUUCUCUUACUUUGUAGUUCUCUCUUGCAUGAUCAAACUAAAUUGUAACAUUAUCCUUUAACCCUACAGUUUUUAAGCAUUGCUAAUGAUGUUAUCAGUAUGAAAAGAGUUGGCGGUUAAGUAACUUAACAAAAUAAGUGUAACAAAGGCAUUUCUUAAAUCUAGAAAAUUCAUACUAAAUAAAGGGAGUUGCAGUGAU